AUGGCAAAAGACGAUAACAGCAUACGCAUCUUUCAGGGCCUAUUAAUCCUGGGCAAUGUGGUCAUUGGGAUGUGCGGUAUUGCCCUGACAGCAGAGUGCAUCUUCUUCGUGUCCGAUCCCCACGGUCUCUACCCUCUCUUGGAAGCCACAGAAAAUGAUGACAUCUAUGCUGCUGCUUGGAUUGGCAUCUUUGUUGGCUUUGCACUCUUUGCUCUGUCUGUCCUUGGCAUCACUGGAGUCAUUAAGUCCAACAAGACCUUGCUGCUGGUGUAUAUCAUUCUGAUGCUGAUCACUUAUGCAUUUGAAAUGGCUUCUUGCAUCACAGCAGCAACUCACCGAGAUUUUCUUACUCCAAAUCUCUUCCUGAAGCAAAUGCUGGAGAGGUAUCAGAAACUAGAGACAGACAAUAACAAUGACAAAUGGAUGAGUGAAGGGGUCACAAAAACAUGGAAUAAUCUCAUGCUUCAGAAUAACUGCUGUGGUGUGCAUGGCCCGUCCGACUGGCAGGAGUACGCAUCCGCCUUCCGGAGCACGUACAGCGAUGCUGACUACCCUUGGCCGCACCAGUGCUGUGUCAUGAAUGCCCAAGGGUCUCCUGUCAACCUGGACGGCUGCAAGCUUGGAGUGCCUGGCUACUAUAACAGCAACGGUUGUUAUGAUGCUAUUUCUGGACCAAUGAAUAGACAAGCCGGGGGUGUUGCCUGGUUUGGUUUUGCCAUCCUUUGUUGGACUUUCUGGGUUCUCCUCGGUACUAUGUUCUACUGGAGCAGAAUUGAAUACUGAAGGUCUGAU